GCGAGCGGCGCGGCGGCGGGCAGCUGAGGCCGAGCGCGGCGGCGUCCGAAGCGCACCCAGCAGGCAAAGCGAGGCGGCCGCGGCCCGGCGGGCGCCGGAAGGCGAGAGCCGGUGCGGGCAGCAGGCGGCAGCGGCAGCUCGGCGGCGGCGGCGAGGAUGUUGACCGGGAGGCUGUGCUGGGUGCCGCUCCUGCUGGCUCUGGGCGUGGGGAGCGGCAGCGGCGGCGGAGGGGGCAGCCGGCGGCGCCGCCUCCUCGCGGCUAAAGUCAACAAGCACAAGCCAUGGAUCGAGACCUCAUAUCACGGAGUCAUAACUGAGAACAACGACACAGUGAUUUUGGACCCACCACUUGUAGCCCUGGAUAAAGAUGCACCAGUUCCUUUUGCAGGGGAAAUUUGCGCGUUCAAGAUCCACGGCCAGGAGCUGCCCUUUGAGGCCGUGGUGCUCAACAAGACGUCGGGAGAGGGCCGGCUGCGCGCCAAGAGUCCCAUCGACUGUGAGCUGCAGAAAGAGUACACGUUCAUCAUCCAGGCCUACGACUGUGGCGCAGGGCCCCGGGAGACGGCCUGGAAGAAGUCGCACAAGGCCGUGGUCCAUAUCCAGGUGAAGGACGUCAAUGAGUUUGCUCCCACCUUCAAAGAGCCAGCCUACAAGGCGGUGGUGACAGAGGGCAAGAUCUAUGACAGCAUCCUACAGGUGGAGGCCGUGGACGAGGACUGCUCCCCUCAGUACAGCCAGAUUUGCAACUAUGAGAUCGUCACAACUGACGUGCCUUUUGCCAUUGACAGAAAUGGCAACAUCAGAAAUACCGAGAAGCUGAGCUAUGACAAGCAACGCCAGUACGAGAUCCUGGUGACCGCCUACGACUGUGGACAGAAGCCCGCCGCUCAGGACACGCUGGUGCAGGUGGACGUGAAGCCAGUUUGCAAGCCUGGCUGGCAAGACUGGACCAAGAGGAUUGAGUAUCAGCCUGGCUCGGGGAGCGUGCCGCUUUUCCCCAGCAUCCACCUGGAGACAUGCGACGGGGCCGUGUCCUCCAUCCAGAUCACCACGGAGCUGCAGACCAAUUACAUCGGCAAGGGCUGCGACCGGGAGACCUACUCUGAGAGAUCCCUUCAGAAAUUGUGUGGAGCCUCCUCUGGCAUCAUCGACCUCUUGCCAUCCCCCAGCGCGGCCACCAACUGGACAGCAGGACUGCUGGUGGACAGCAGUGAGAUGAUCUUCAAGUUCGAUGGCAGGCAAGGGGCCAAGAUCCCUGAUGGGAUUGUGCCCAAGAACCUGACAGACCAGUUCACCAUCACCAUGUGGAUGAAACAUGGCCCCAGCCCCGGUGUGAGAGCCGAGAAGGAAACCAUUCUCUGCAACUCGGAUAAGACUGAAAUGAACCGGCAUCACUAUGCCCUGUAUGUGCACAACUGCCGCCUGGUCUUCCUCUUGCGCAAGGACUUCGACCAGGCCGACACCUUCCGCCCCGCAGAGUUCCACUGGAAGCUGGACCAGAUAUGUGACAAAGAAUGGCAUUACUAUGUCAUCAACGUGGAGUUUCCUGUGGUUACUUUGUACAUGGACGGAGCAACGUACGAACCCUAUCUGGUGACCAACGACUGGCCCAUUCAUCCAUCUCACAUAGCAAUGCAACUUACGGUCGGCGCUUGUUGGCAAGGAGGAGAAGUCACCAAACCGCGGUUUGCUCAAUUCUUCCACGGCAGCCUGGCCAGUCUCACCAUCCGCCCUGGCAAAAUGGAGAGUCAGAAGGUCAUUUCCUGCCUGCAGGCCUGCAAGGAAGGGCUGGAUAUUAAUUCCCUGGAAAGUCUCGGCCAAGGAAUAAAGUACCACUUCAACCCCUCGCAGUCCGUCCUGGUGAUGGAAGGUGACGAUAUUGGGAACAUCAAUCGUGCCCUCCAGAAGGUCUCCUACAUCAACUCCAGGCAGUUCCCGACGGCAGGUGUGCGGCGCCUGAGAGUCUCUUCCAAAGUCCAGUGCUUUGGAGAAGAUGUGUGCAUCAGCGUCCCCGACGUGGAUGCCUAUGUGAUGGUGCUGCAGGCCAUCGAGCCCCAGAUCAGCCUCCGUGGCACGGACCGCCUCUGGAGACCCGCCGCCCAGUUUGAAAGUGCCAGAGGGGUGACCCUCUUCCCCGACAUCAAGAUCGUGAGCACCUUCGCCAAAGCUGAGACCCCGGGUGAGCCGAAGGCCACAGCCCCCAAAUCAGCAGUCUUAGAAGAAAUGCUCCAUAACCUAGAUUUCUGUGACAUUUUGGUACUUGGAGGGGACCUGGACCCAAGACAGGAAUGCUUAGAGCUCAACCACAGUGAGCUCCAUCAGCGACACCUGGAUGCCACUAACUCCACCGCAGGUUACUCCAUCUAUGGUGUGGGCUCCAUGAGCCGCUAUGAGCAGGUGCUGCAUCACAUCCGCUACCGCAACUGGCAUCCAGCUUCCCUGGAGUCCCGACGGUUUAGAAUCAAGUGCUCAGAACUCAAUGGACGUUAUACUAGCAAUGAGUUCAACCUCGAGGUCAGCAUCCUCCAUGAGGUCAGAAUGUCAGACAAGGAGCACGUCAGCCACCUUAUUGUGCAGCCUCCCUUCCUACAGUCUGUCCACCACCCUGAGUCCCGGAGUAGCAUCCAGCGCAGUUCAGUGGUCCCAAGCAUCGCCACAGUGGUCAUCAUCAUCUCCGUGUGCAUGCUGGUGUUUGUCGUGGCCAUGGGCGUGUACCGGGUCCGGAUCGCCCACCAGCACUUCACCCAGGAGACUGAGGCUGCCAAGGAGGCGGAGAUGGAUUGGGACGACUCUGCGCUCACUAUCACAGUCAACCCCAUGGAGAAACAUGAAGAACCAGGGCAUGGAGAAGAAGAGACUGAGGAGGAAGAGGAGGAAGAAGUAGAGGAAGACGUGAGCUCCAGCAGCAGUGACUCAGAGGACAGCGAAGAGGAAGAGGAGGAGGAAGGGAUGGGCAGGGGCAGACAUGGGCAGAGUGGAGCCAGGCAAGCCCAGCUGGAGUGGGACGACUCCGCCCUUCCCUACUAGUGCCCGGCUGUCUGCGCCCACCCACGUGUCCCUUUUGUAAGCCUCACCCCAGUGUACACCUAAGUCUAUCACAUGUCGCCUCUGAUUUCUAGGACAGGUCUGGGCAGGCCCUCCCCAGUGUCCUGGAAGCCACCCGUUAUGCCUUGGGCACUCCCUAUGUCCCAGCCCCAGGGUAGUUCCAAGAAGCCCAGGGUCAUUAGUGGAGACUUCAAGGUGGACUUUGUCCUGUAGCCCUCACUUUUCCUGCCCUGGGCUCACCCAGCAUCCUGCCGGCCAAUCUGCAGAGUUCUGCCAUUGCUUUUCUCUGCAGGGAAGAAAGUAAGCCUUUAUGUCACUCACCUCCCCCAGGUUCCCCAUGGCCAGGGACCUUGGGUUCCAGCUCACUGUGCGUGUACCUGACCCAGUCUCCUCUUCCACACAGACCAGCAGGUUCUCUUUACCUGACUCUUCAGGUGGCUUCCCACAGGCAAGGUGGUCUCAGUCCUUAACACUUUAAAGGAAAAUCCUUGUUGAGGCAAAAUUAAAUGUAUAGGGAAAGGUUCACACAUAGGCGCGUGCACACCCACAUGCAUACAUACACCCUCCCCAGUUUGGAGAACCUUUCCCCUUUAUCCUUUUGGAGGCCACAUAAAGCUUAGAUGAAAAGUCCAAAACCAAGAAUAGGUCCUUGACCACAGCAGGGCCUGAACCCCAGCCAAAGCUAUCUGCAAACCUACCUGCCUUGGUGCCCUGCUGGGGGCUGCCACCACAGGACAUUGCAGAAACCAGGAAGCACGCCACAGAGGCACUGCCCCAGGCGACAGCAUGACGAGCCUGCAGGCAGGGACCAGAAGGAAAGGCUGAUGAGAUGAGCAGCUAGGCGUCAUGGUGGGCACAGAUCUGGGGGACAGGGGUGAAUGGUGUCUCCUGAGCCAGAGGUUAAGAAGGCUCUCAGCAUCUAGUCUUAGGGUCCCUCAUCACCUGUCUCACACUGUUUUUCCUCUUAAAAAAAUACAUUCCUCUUGGAUGUAUUAGGACAAGCAUGAACUGUGCUGGAUCUAAAAUGAAAAGUUUGGAGAUCUGAAUGCUAGGAAUUAGAAGCAUAUCUGUGAUAGUAACAGCCGCUGCUUUAUUCUCAUAAAAGGAGCAACACUUUGGGUGGAGGGCAAAUAGAUCUGAAAACCUAAUUUCUUUCUUUCUUCUUAUUUUAAUAAGAAAAUCUUUUCCACCUCCAUCCUAAUGUGGGCACCUCAUGACGAGAACUGUUGCUAUAGUAACUCAUCUGUGCUCUUUUGUGACCAAGAGAAUAGCAGGCAAGAAACAGGGCCAUCCUAGGACUUCCACGAGGCUCUGAGACCAUCUUUGUUUUGAAUGUCUCUGGCUUUGUUCUCAGUAUGUACAAUCUGUCCCCAUCCUCCCGCAGUCCCUACCCCAUCCCAUAUUGGCAUAGGCACAGAGCUGGCCCCUAGUCACAAUGGCAUUCAGGUUCAAAAGAAGAGAAUCUGUUCAUUUUAUUGACCAUGUCACCAAAACAGAGCAUAAGGGGGACCAUCAUCAGUGUCUUCCACCCAGUGAGGAUCCAUGAUAGGCCUUUGCAAAAUUCUGAUUCAAGAAAACUACCUUAAGUGGCUUUUUCCACCACUGAAAGUGGUUUUUGCAGAUCUGUUCCCUCCUUUGAGCCUCACAAUAAUUAUAUCAGGGAGUUGGGAUAUCUAUCGUCAGGAACAUUUCCCUUACGAGUAAACUGAGGUUCAGAGAUUGAACAUCUUGUUCAGAGUCAUUCAGAGGCAUAGACGAGACUAGACUCCCCACCUUCCACUCUUGGUCCAGUGCCCACCACCCUGCUUCUACUUAUAUUCAUACUUAUGCAGCUAACAGGCAUUGCUGAGGACCUACUGUGUGCUAAGCACUCAGCCAGCAAUGAUGGGAAAUGAUAAAGCUGAGUGAGAUGAGCUCCUCCCCCUCAGAGACAUAAAAGUUGCAAAGGAGAAACAAAUACGCAUAGAAAUUAUACAAGAGACCGACAUAGAGUGGGGAGAGAAGUCACAGGAAGAAGAGGAACACAAUCACAAGUGCUCUUGUUUUUUCCCUCUUAGGGAAAAAUGAAGGGAGAAGUUUGGAAUUUUAUAUUCAUUGAAUGGAAAUAGACACAUCUGUGAAUUCUCCCAACCAAAAAAAAAACCCUUUUCUAUCAGGCUGUCUGCACGUCUACAAUGAGAAAAUAGGUAACGCUGCUUAGCCCUCCCAAUUCCCUUAAAAAAUUCUCCAGUUGGGCAUUUAGGAGCUAACAGAAUUCUCCCAAAAUUAUGGCAGUAAAAGCCAAAUUUAUGGUUUAAAACUAAACUUUUGUUAUUCAUAAGAUAAUUUGUUUUUACUGUUUCAAGUUUUUAUAUAAAUUCUAGGUAGUUAACAUUUAGUGUAAUAUUAGCUUCAGGAGAAUUUAGUGAUUCAUCACUUACAUACCACACCCAGUGCUCAUCACAACGAAUUCUUUUUAAUUGGAUUUCCAUUUAAAACAUUAAGUCUGGUUUUCAUAAGAGCACCUUGCUCAGUAUGUUCGGAUUGGUUGGGGUGGGAAGGUGUUCCUCAUGCCCUGUGGCUGUCUCCAAUUUCUGCAUCACUUACUCAAGGUUGAGUGAGCUAUUUGGGGCAUACAUCAGGGAGGGUAUGGGAGAAGCAGGUCAAAGUGGCAUUUGGCUAGGGUAGCAGAGUUCAAUCAUCUGUGACUAGAUUGACAGAGGGAAACAAGGGGAACAACACAUCAGGACCCUCUCCAUCAACUCCUAUUGUAGGAGGUCACACUGCAUGUCAGCUCCACAAGUGAGACACUUGAUGCUGCUAGAUCAACGGAUGUUUAUUACAUCCCAUGCCCUACUCAUCACCAUGGAUGAGAACAAAGAAGAAUGGUUAUAUAAAAGGAGCAAAAGCAUCAGGUGGUAUUCAGGUGAGUGGCAAGUAAUGUCACUUGCCCUCUACCAGAUAUUCUAAUUACGAGUGAAAAAUAUCACUAAUCAGCCCAGCAUUUUCCAGACUCCAUAUGCUGGUAUCAGGGAACCAGAACUCCCAGAUGGCCCAGACGCCAUGCAGCCUGGCAUCUAGACAGCAGCAGCAGCAGAUGCAGACUCAGACCCCAGAGGAACAGCUGACCAAUCUGGCCACAGGCCAGACCAUUGUUUAUCUUGCCAAGAGGAUGACCAGAUUCUGUUCUCUGGAGCUGGAAAAUAGGCUAAAACCUCUCAAGUGAUUCAGGUGACAGGGAGGAAGAGGAGGUUGAAAUGGAAAAAGCCAGUAUAGACUGAGUUGCCUCAAUGGAGUAAAGGAAUCAACCAGUUGGUCACCUGUCUUAAAGAAUACUGAAAGUAUAUUCUAGUAAGUUAAUCAAAUCCUUUAAGUCUGACCAAGGCCCAAAUUUAUGUAGAUAACAAAAAUGUGAUUUUAGUGGGAUCUUAGUUCAUUACCACUUUCUUGAAUGUUCUCCAUCAUCCUAUCAAGCAAAGUUUAGACCACACAUCUCUGCAGGUAACAAGAGCUGUACCUUGUGGACAUGGACCCUCCAGGGAGAGGGCUCCUGGUGGGAAGCAAUGUCCUCCGUGCCUGUACAUACAGCAGAUGUCGGCAAACUCUAUCUGUAAAGAGCCAGAUAGUAAAUAUUUUGUACUUUGCAAGGCCAUAUUGUCUCUGUUGCAAGUAUUCAACUCUUCCACCAUAACAAGAAACAAGCCACAGACAAUACAUAAACCAAUGGAUAUGGUAUGUUCCAAAGAAAAUUAUUUAUGAAUACUAAAAAAGCCGACCAUUUGAAUUCAUGUUUUUACAUAUCAUGAAAUUUUAUUACUUUUUUUUUUUUUACUUUCAACCUUUUAAAAAUUGGAAAACUCUUCUGAGCCCAUGGGCCAUACAAAACCCAGCAGCCAGCCAGAUGUGGUCUGCGGGCUUUAACUUACACACCUCUACCAUACGUUCAUGAAAAGCAGUCCUCCAUUUGCCAAGGAAAAGAAAAUUGCUGUCUUAGACCCUUCUUUCGACUACCCAGGGGCCUUUGCCUCCAAAAUGAACAGCAACUCCAUAGCCCUUAAUUAAGCUGUUUUAAAUGUCCAUGUCCCAGCGAGGAAAUGACAACAACCAAAAACCAAAAAACAAAAACAAAAAACACCUGUUACUGGUGGAAUUGACUCAAACACAGGCAAUCAUUCAUCAUUCAUCGAGAACUCCAAGCUCUGGGUCCAGGAACUGACUGACCACUGAGCGCUAACCCCCUAGAGCUCAGGGUCAACUCCCAGGAGCAGCACCUUCCCUACACGACUCAGCCCGUAAUGAUUUCUAAGCAGGAGUGUUCAUUAUCUCAGACUGAUUUCCAUUUUAGCCCUGCUCAUGCCAUUGCUCUAAAAAUGAUCCUAAAGACUGUUGACUGAAUCAAUAGCAACAUAAUCAGUAGAAAGCCCUACCCAGCACAUUUCAAAAUUAGCAGUCUACUUGGCUCUAUGAUUCAAUAUUAGCAAGAGGAAGAAAAGAGGACUUUUUAACCAUACUCUCAUUGAAAUUAACCAAAUCAGUUUUACAAAAAAAUUGAGGGAGUGAGUUUAAUUCUUUGAAAUAAUUUACGAGUGAAAAGUAGAUGAUUUUUAGGUACAAUCAUUCUCGGGCCUUUGGGGGAUCUCCAAAGCCCCUGCAAAAUACUUUGGAGGGCUAUGGAUGGUAUAGGUUCCUCUAUCUGCAUCAGACUUUUAUCGAGGCUGACAAGCCAAAGCCCUUGGCACAAUUUAAUUUUCAUGUAAUCACUUUCUGCUGCCCUACUCUCAGCAAAGGAAAUGAGCAAAGUUUUGAAGUCUACUCCAGACCUUCAUUUCCCUGCCUUUAUUUACUUUAUAAAUUUAUUCUGUACCUACUUUAUAGAUCUUGCUCUAGUUUUCCAUUUGGCACCAACUACAAAGGAGUGUUGGCUUUAUAAGGGCUAUGGGCUAGAUGUUGAACUUGACUCUCUCCCAGGAAGACACAAAGAGACACAAGAAGUUACCUCCACCAGCACCCCAGAAAGCAAUCAAACAUUCCCUGGAUGCCAUUAGCGAACAGAUGGGAUUCUGUGUUUGCAGCUAUGUUCAGUGUAGUUCAGCAAAUCCUUGUUGAGCACCCAUGGUGUGCCAGGCCCUGUGCCAGAAACAGGGAAUGGUGAAUGAAUGAGGCACGGCCCUGCCCAGGAGGGUCUCCCGGUCUCAUGAGCUGUUGGCAUGCUUCCCUUACAAUGCUGGAGGCUGUCUGAGAGCAGUUGGGAAGUUGAGAUGCAGACAGAAGUUUGCAGUUGGGGGAUGUGGGUAACUUGCUUUUGCAGUUCUCCAUCCUAAGUUAGAUGGUAGGUGUGAUUCUGAGAGCCCUGACACACAUCGCCAAGGCAAGAGAGGAGGAGAUCUCUAGGGAAGCAGGCAAUGCCCCAACCUGACCCAGGUCACAUAUGGAUGAAAGCCAGUCACCCUGCCCAUCAGGUAGAUCUCACGUGGCCGUUGAUCUGAGGUUCGAAACUAGGCCAAAGGAAGUUCUUAAGUAUGAACAACAGGAUGAAUUCUUACGCAUGAAUACCUGGAAAGUAACCCAGCUAUAGAGGCUGGUAUGUGCCAAGUUCCAAAGGCAUGAAAAGCCUGAUGUGAGGGAGUAUCCCUGAGGCCUGAAGUCAGAGCUGAGGAGGGAAGAAGGCCCUAACCUUUCAGGACCAGAUAAGGGGCCACAGGACACUGUAGAGCAGAGGUCCUCAAGGUGCAUCCCUGGACUAGAGCAUCACCCGAGGAUGAAUGAGAAAUGCAAAAUCUUGGGAUCCACCUGAGAGCUACUACACCACAAACCAGGGAUAGAGCCCAGCUGUUUAUGUUUUAAGGCUCUCUGAUCCUGAUGCACACUAAGGUUUGAAAACUGAUAUAGAGCAUGACAGUGACUUCCACGGCACUGGGAAAGGAGGACUAACAGGAUGAGAGACUCAGUCACAAGUGUAGAAGCCAGGGGGCUAAAGGAGACUUCCCCCAUGAAGCCUCCAGGGCCCUCUAGACUCUAGUCCAUAGUCCCUUGAAUCAGUGAUUUCAAGGAACCUUAAGCCUAGUACCAAUUCCACUCCUCCCAUGGGGCAGGAGCCUCCUCCUGCUGGUCUGACCCCUUUCAUCCUGAGAGAGACACAGUCCAGGAGAGGCUACAGUGAGGUCACCUAUCCCUAGGGAGGCUGCCUUCCAGAGUCCCAUAGAUAAGCAGCCCCCUGAAGGGCCAUAUUUUAGGGGAAAUGAUUAAACCGUAGCAGUGUCCUUACAUCGCCAGGAGAACUGGCCCCCACACAGCCUCUAUGCUGUGGAGCCACCAGGGCCUAUACAGUGGAGUUGGGUCAUCUAAGGACACUGCCAGAUUACUGCAGUGCUGCUCCAUAUGUAACGGGACCAGGGCAUGCAGCAUCACAAUCCAAACAUAAAAUUGGACAGAGAAUGAACGGCUUUUCUUGGAAGGGCAGUAACUCAUUGUGGAGGAUACUAAAUGUAGGAAGCAAAACCCAAAAACAAACCUGCAGCAUUCUCUACAGACAUAAUCUAUGUUGGCCUUGGCAUCUCUAAGGCCUGCAAAUGUGCCAAUCUCCACCAAUUCCCUUUUCCCCCACCUCUCAGAAGCCUGAGGUCUGCUGAUUAUUGAUUUAGGUUUUUGAUUCAUGGCUUAAACUCUGUAAAGGUCUACAACUUUUUUGGGAGAAAUUAGUUGGCACUCUAUUGGUCAUUUACACCUACACGUGGUGCAGAAUCUCCUCAUAGAAGGAUUCCUGACACUAAAAGUCAGAGGACCUGGGCACUGGGUCUUGGGGUAGAAGUUCAGAGGAGGAAUGGGCUGGAAGGGAACCCAGACAUGUGGUCAUGGAUAACAUGCCCCUGCUGCUUAGUUCCUAAGAACCCACUUCCCUCUUGAUCAGAGGCACAUUCCUGGUACCAUCAGCCAUGUCCUUACUGAAUCGUCCCAAAUUCCCUAAAGGAUAUCUCUAGCCCAGUUUGUGGAAACAUCUACUGAUUAAAUGCCCAACCAAUCCCCUAAGACUACAGUGAUCAUAUCAAGAGCAACCAUUGCUAACACAUUAGAUUACACUAAAAAGAACCAGUAGAGUUUUCCAGUUGUUUGUGAGAGGCAUGGGGGGAGCAAUCCCAAGAGGUAUCCAUGUCACUUAGGUCUAGAAGAACUUUCUUUACAGCCUGGCCUCUCUUCGUGAAUUCUCUGAUGUGACAUCUCUCUCCCAAGACCUUAAGACAAUUUUGUUUCCCUGAAGUGAAGUCACUUAUUAUGAAGUCCCCUGUGGGACAAAAGGAUAAAGAAUGGGAUGGUAGGACAUGGGUGGAAAGGCUUCAAGUAGUUUUGUUUUCACUGGCAAGCUUAGAUCUGUGUACAGUCAGACAGAAGGAUCCAGAGCUCUGAUCCAGCCAGAACACCAGGCGGGGAGAGUAAGUAUGAGAGAAGCUCACUGGGAAGGCUGGGUGUGUCGUUGUGUGGGCCAUGCCAGCCAUUUGCAUUUGUCAGAAACAGUGGAGAGAACUGGGUUCCAACUCCAGUGAGUUCUGAGCAGCAGACAGGAGCUGCUACCUCUGAACCACUGGGGAGAUAUUUGUCCAGAGUUCUCCUUGAUAAUGGUCGACUGAAUAAGAUGGAACCACAGUGCUCAGGCCCCGAUAGGGACACUGACCAAGUCCCAGAAAACAUGGUUUUGUGAGGUUGUAUGCCCCCUCAACUCUUGCCUCCUCUGCUAUCACAGACUCCUCUCAUGACAAGAAAGGUCACUUACUUGUCACAGCACCAUGGGUGCCUAGCACAGCAUCUAGCCCACAGCAUGAGCUUGAUAAAUGGUGAAUUAAAUGCAGUAUCAGACAUCACCUGACCUCAGCAAAGGAUGUGAAAAAUUAAGACGCUUCAAUGGAAAUAGACUCCUCCAUCUUCUUAGUAUAUAGGUUGGGGUCUUUCAUAAAAUCAGACCAAGGAGGAGUGGAAGUGCAUACAGGGGUAGAAAAAAGAACAGGAGUGGGGUUUUUUGGAUGGCUAUAACCUGUCUAUAACCAGUAAAAGGUGCCCCUAAACAGAGAGUAGGGUUAGAGGAGCCUUGAUGGGCCCACUAGGUCCACCCGCUAGGUCCUAGGCAGCAUCCCGACUGAGGAAAGGAAGCCCUCAUCUGUUAAUGACCCUAGUGCUGCACUGCUUUGCAGUCCCUUUUACCAGGUUCACUGCAGAGGAGAUCCGUCAAGAUGAAGCUCAAUCCCCAACAGACUAAUGAAAAGAGGGCAACAGACAUGAGAAGAGCCAAAACACAGACAGUGUAUAUUAAUCACAGGCAAUAGAAACAUGCCGGCUUUAACAUCUGUUUGCUUUUAUCUGGAAAUUAAAAUGCAUCUCUGUUGCCCAGACCCUUUUUCCUGAGCAUUCCAAAACAGAAAUGGGACACAUACACACACACACACGUGGUAAGGGAACUUUUCCCCAGCAGAAAGAGCUAUCUGAGAAAGGAGCCCAUAGAUUGUGUCUAUUUGCAGGACCAGAGAAUGAACCAUGGGUCUCAGCUAGAGUCCAUGCCCUGUGAAAAAGGGAGGGGAAGGAUUCAUUAGGGCCUCAGUGACAAUGGGCUCCACUUGGGCCUGUGGGUCACAGAUAGGAAUAUAAUGUGCACAACCCUGCAGAACACCAGACCAUCCAUCCUGGGCAAUGUGGAACCCACCCAUGAGCUCCUUCCUUGGCUGCAAAGGAACUGCUGAUGUGCAGGAUUCAGAAGAGGACAUGCACAUCUUUACUUGUAAACUUCAAGUGGUGGAAAUAAGGCAAAAGUUUUUUGGAAAUUAGGAAGUUAGACUUGAUAACCCAGCGCUGAUCACUCAAAAGGCAAGGAAAGAGAGACUGAGGAGAAAGCUGACUCAGAGUUAGGGACAGGGAAAGUUGGAGAACAGUGACAGAACAGGAACACCCUCAUCUGGGAGGCCAGAGCAUUUCUCUGGACUGAAAGGCUCUAUCCAAGUUUCAGCAACCUAGGGGGAAGGCUGGCUGUGUGACCACAGAGGCAGUCAAACCAAUGCCUCUGAAGUCAGACCUGUUCGAGGAUUUCAUUCUUAAUUGAACUAGUCACAAUGGAGCAAUCUACCUAGGUGCUUCCAGCCUGACCUUGGUGGCUUCCAAAAAAAGUUGUUGAUGCCCUGAGCUGGACACCUUGGAAGGAAAUUGAAUAAAACCAGCCAGUAAAUUUAGAAAAGAAACUGCAUGUAGAAUUUGGUUGUUUUCAAAGAAAACUGUAGGUAUUAGAGGUGGUUGUGUUAUGUUGUUGGCAUGAACACUGUCAGUAAGGUAAGAUUGAGAAUGACUUGGUGGGGCAUUCUUUGGAAAAUUAGUUAAUGUGUUAAAUAUGAGUUAUCAGAGAUAAGUAGACUAAGGACAGCCAAUUAUGUGUGGCAUAUGUGUAUACAUACACACACACACACACACACACACACACACACACACACAAUGCACAAAUAAGUAAGAGAAUAAAGAUGUCAAUGGUCCUAAGACAUUUUCAAUUCCUUAGAAGCACAGGUUUGGAUGUUAUACUUUUUCUUAUUAUCCUCAUUUACUUUAAGCUCUCAAAGCACUGGGAACAGUGCCUGGCACAUAGUAGGAGUUUGGUAAGCACUGAGAAAUGGAAAGUCCAGCUUGUCACUACUUGGUAAACACUCGGUACUCACUAUACCCCAAAUUAAACGAGCCAUAGAGAAUCAGGCUGGCUACAUCCCCCUCUAGACCAUCACAAUCUAGCUAAGAAGAAGCCUUUAAGCAUUCAGAGAUUCAGAGCAAUAUCCAGCCAGCUGCAGGCAUUGGGUCUGGCUUUUGCCAGGAUGCUGUACAUAGUGGGAUUGUAUCACUUAGGAUGAUGCACAUAGUGGGUCUAUUUCACUUAGGAUGCUGCACACAGUGGGUCUGUAUCACUUAGACCUCAUCUGCAUAACACCUAACAAGCUAUUUCUAGAGGGAACAGGGCUGGGGGCUCCCCUCGUAUUGCUUCUGCCAUUUCCUAAACACUUGGUGCAAUGCUGUUGGGUUUUGCCAACUUUGGGCACAAUUCUGGAACUCAAUGGAACCAUUCUGGGCUGUGUCAGUCUAAAAGGUCUAGUGAUUUCUUCUCUCAGCCUUUCCCAUCACCCACAUCUGGAGAUGCCACCUCCGGGGUGGGCCAGUGUGUAUCUGCUGCCUCAAAAAAUGAAUUCUUUUAGUCUAGAAAAUGUACUUAUUUGCUAAAUAUACUACUGUGUAUGAUGUGAUACAAUGCAAACUUUGGACUAUCUUGUUAGGAGGACUUAAGCGUUUAUAGAAUGUUGAAUUUAAUUUCAGGAGAGUACAUUGUCAUCUUGCUCAAUGAAUCAGGUUGCCCAAUCGCAGAUGAUCAGAGAAAAUGCCCCUUCCCCUCCCCACACCUCUCAGCCCUGCCCUAAUUGAGCUGUCCUGUCCACUCCAGGCUGAUGCAGAGUGAAGGGCACUGAGGAUUUCUAUGUAUAUAAAGAUAUAGGAAGAAAAUAAGAGCCACCACAGGAAUCUGUUGGGCUUCUUCCCAUGACUGUGAUUUUACCCAUGUUUGAGUCACAAACUUUGAAUUUCUAACAGUUAAGAUUCUUGCAGUUUCCAAGUAAUUUGUUAAAUGCCUAUUCGACACAGACAGAUAUUUAUUUUCAGCCUUGACUUGUAAAUGCCUACAAACUGAUUCAUGCUGGUGGUCGUUACGACACUUUCUGUGAAUUGGUCAAUAAAUAUGAUUUUAGAAUUUCACAGUAAA